AUGUCGACCAAGAAGAUUGAACAGUGGGAGAUUGAGCGGUACUGGGAGAUCUUCGCAUCAUUGUCAAAUGGCCAGCCCCAUCUAAACAGCUCUCAAGCCGCCUCGGUGCUCAGGAACAGUCGGCUCCGCGACGAACAACUCGAGAAAGUAUGGGAUUUGGCCGACGUCGACGGCGAUGGCGAGCUGGAUUUUGAGGAGUUCUGUGUUGCUAUGCGAUUAGUUUUUGAUCUUGUCAAUGGGGAGCUACAAGAAGUCCCCCGAGUACUGCCCGACUGGCUUGUCCCCGAGUCCAAAGCCCAUCUCGUCCAAGCGGGCCGUGCGUUGAGCGGGCGUCCCGAGCAAUUCGAACGGAUAGAAGAUGAAGACGAUACCCCUGGCUUGAAAGACGGCUUUGACUGGUACAUGAAUCCCGCCGACAAAUCCAAGUAUGAAGAAAUCUACUCCGCCAACCGCAACCACCGUGGCGAGGUCACAUUUGAAUCGCUUCAGGGGCUGUACGACUCCCUUGAUGUUCCUGACACUGACGUUCGCUCCGCGUGGAACCUCGUCAACCCUUCUGCAUCCCCCGCAAUCAAUAAAGACGCCACCCUUGCGUUCCUGCACAUCCUCAACUAUCGACAUGAGGGCUUCCGCAUCCCCCGCACCAUCCCCGCCUCCCUUCGCGCGUCCUUCGAGAACAACAAGAUUGACUACCAGGUCGACAACGCUCGCCCUGCACAGAAGUGGGGCGCAGAUGGAAGCACGGAGACCUUGACAGGGCGAAAGACCAAGUUCGGAGACACGUAUCUGAGUCGUCUAGGCGUCGGCGGAAAGGGGUCCUACACACCCAAGGGCACGGACUUCAGCGACACUAUCCAGGACGAAGAAUGGGAAAAGGUGCGCCUGAGACGCGAGCUGGCAGAGAUGGAGGCCAAGCUUGACGCGGCCAACAAGGCCUCCGAAGGUCGUCGAGACCGACCCCGAAAUGACGGCCGUCCCAACUGGGUCCUGAUCAAGAAAGAAGCUUUACAGUUGUUGGAGUACAAGGAGCGUGAGCUGCGGGAACUCAGAGAAGGAACUGGCAGGGCCAAGGAAGGUCAAGAUCUCGAGCGGUUACGGGACGACAUCAAGACUGUCGGUGACCAAGUCGAAGGAUUAAAGGCGCAUCUCGCCGAACGGAAAGAUGUACUUGCCGAUGUCAGACGGCAGAUCGAGGAAGAACGGCUACACCGGUGA